AUGGGAUAUCACAGCCUCUAUAAGAAAUAUCGUGUACGCCCGUUGAGCCAGUAUUGCGGUCGAACUUUGACUGGCGUGGCUCUGAUAGCGACAGUUUUCGUUAUUUUCACAGGUUAUUCUAGAUCGCGAACAACGCGGUGCAGCACCGAAUCCGAUGACUGCAUUACUGGUGUAGUGAUUAAAGCUGCAUGACGUUCGUUAAAGACCGUUGGUACCGAAGAUGAUACCUACGAAAAUAGUGCGUUGGAUUUAUCUGAAUCAGAACAUAACUUCCUGGAGUCCUUGUCUGUGAACUUAACAACUAACGACAACGUUGUCGGGGACUUAUUGAGAUUUAAUUCUAGUCACAAUUCGGACUUGUGGAAUUCUACUCGGAGUUCAUUAACCGCGGACAAUAACAAUAUGCCGUGUUUGAACUCCUCAAACGGAACAAGAGAUGCCCGUCGAGUCUAUUGCGAUAUGACGUGGGACGGUUUGUCAUGCUGGCCAACAACACCUGGUGGACAGUACUCCAUAAUAGCUUGUCCCAUUAUGAAAAAUAUCGAUGUCACAAAAAAUGCCAGUAAGUUUUGUUACGCGAACGGUACUUGGGAGGCCUUGGCAAACUACAACAGCUGUAUCGCUGCGCUGUCUAAUCCCCCCAUCAGUGAUUGGACCUCCAAGGAGCAGGAUUCGGACUAUGCCAAACGAAUUAUCUACAACCUAGGUUUCAUAAUUUCCUCGCUUGCUCUUGGUAUUGCCCUUUUCAUCUUUUUAUACUUCAGGAGUCUGCGCUGCCUACGGAACAAGAUACAUUGUCAAUUAAUCAUUACGUUUCUCUUGCGGAACUUACUAUGGAUUCUGAUGCAGCACACCCUUAUACCAAUUGUCUUCAGUGAACACAAGUGGGCGUGUAAGCUAGAAACAUCCAUCUUUAACUACGUACAGAUGACAAAUUUCUUCUGGAUGUUAGUGGAAGGCAUGUAUCUACAUAUCAUUAUUGUCUGGACGUACUCUGCGGACAAAAUCAAACUUUGGUACUUUAUGGUGAUUGGCUGGGGUAUACCCGCCAUUAUAAUAACGGUGUGGAUUUCACUACGGAUCCAUUUUCAACAAAAUUUAGACGAAACGUCGCAUUUACUAACUUGCUGGAUGUCAACAAAUGGUAGCGCUACCCAUGUUGACCAGCUUGACUGGAUUUACAAUGGGCCAAUACUCUUUGUUCUUGCUACAAAUACGCUUUUCUUAGCCACAAUCAUAUGGGUUUUGGUGACAAAACUAAGAGCCUCACAUAGUCUGGAGACGCGGCAAUUACGGAAAGCUGUUAAGGCUACACUUCUACUGUUCCCGUUACUGGGAAUCAUAUACGUGAUCUUUAUUUGGCCUCUAAGCGACGCACCUGCCGUCGUCGACGCCCACGAAUUUAUCAACGCCGUGUUACAGUCAUUCCAGGGUUUCUUUGUGGCUUUGUUCUAUUGUUUCCUGAAUGGAGAGGUCAAAGCUGUGUUGAAAAAGAAAUUCAGUGUAUUCCAAGAGUCGCGAUCCCUUAGCGCUCGAUAUACCAAAUCUACCAUAGGCUGGGCAAACGACACGAGCAUAGCGCCCAAAGAGGGCAUCGUUCUAACAAACGGUCAUCUGUCUCCUAAAAACAAUGGAGCACGCCGUGGAAGUCCUUGGAAUACUCCAACGAUCGACCAUCAGCCGGAGGAGACUGAAAACAUGCUUUGA